GGAGUCCGGCGGCAUUUCGCCUAUGCGCUCGCUUGCAGCCCCUAUAAAUAUACCCAUUUGGCCUCCGUCUUCUUAAAUCUCACUACGAUCUCUACAAUUUCAUCUGGAAGAAGAAGAAGAAGAAGAAUUCUCACAACUUCCUCUCCUUCUCUCCCUUAAUUAUAUAUUAUAUAUAAUUAAUAUUCUUUAUAGGCUUUUUGUUCUGCAUCAAUGGCUCAACUUACAUUAUCGAUUGCUAUGUUCUCUCUGUUUGUUGCGCAUUCUUUCAUAUCAGGAGUUGUUUCAACUACCUUUACAAUAGCAAAUAAGUGUGACUAUACGGUAUGGCCAGGCAUUCUCUCAAACGCUGAUGCGCCGGCGCUUUCUACCACCGGUUUCGCCCUCCAAAAGGGUGAGACAAAGACCAUCACCGCACCUACUUCAUGGGGUGGCCGCAUGUGGGGUCGAACAUUUUGCUCCGAAGACUCCACUGGAAAAUUCUCUUGCUUAACAGGUGAUUGCGGCUCUGGUAAGCUAGAAUGCUCAGGCAGCGGAGCUGCUCCUCCGGCUACACUGGCAGAGUUCAAGCUGGACGGCUAUGGUGGAAUGGAUUAUUUCGAUGUGAGUCUUGUAGAUGGGUACAAUCUCCCUCUGCUGGUGGUGCCUCAGGGUGGCUCCGGGCAGAAUUGUUCAAGAACCGGCUGCGUGGUGGAUUUGAACGGCUUGUGUCCUUCGGAGCUUAAGGUUACGAGCUCCGCCGGCGACAGCGUAGCUUGCAAAAGCGCGUGUGAAGCUUUCAGGCAACCACAAUACUGUUGCAAUGGCGCAUAUGCUACACCCGACACUUGCAAGCCGUCCUCCUACUCUGAGAUCUUCAAGAACGCGUGUCCAGACGCCUACAGCUACGCUUACGAUGACAAGACGAGCACCUUCACAUGUAUCUCCGCGAAUUACCUCAUAACCUUUUGCCCAACCCCUAACACAAGCCAGAAAGCUUCGCAGGGUCAGAACACUGAUUGUGCAAUUACAAGCACAGUCAACAGCACCAUGGUUUAUGAAGGUGCAGCCUUGGACCAAAGUGGAGCAUCACCGUCCACGCGUACCCACGUGUUCGGCUCAAAUGCCAUUGCGAGGAUAGUCACCGUCACAGUAGCAAUUUGGCAGUUGAGACAUCUCUUCUGAGUUCUAACUCGUUAAUUAGCUGGCUAAUUAUAUAAAUGUGGCGAAAGGGUAGGCUGAGGAAGCUACAAAAAAAGGCAAAUAUAAUUUUUGGCCGGAAUGGGAUUUGUCGUAUUGUUCGUGGACCCCUACUAUUUUGGUGGUUUGCACUUUUCGAUGCAUGGGCCAUGUGACCUAGUGGUGACGCGGCACUGAGUCCUGAUGGAAAAAGCUCACCCGUUACUCCCAUAAAAUCCAAUACACCGAUUUGUACGGUUAUAUUGUAGUGGGAGGUGGUGGUGAAGUUGAGAUGGAAUUUUUCUAAUUUUCUAGUUAUAGUUUUUAGAUUAGAUAUAGUAUUUUUUUUUUUUAAUGGUGGAAUGGGAUUCAUUUGUUGGUUUCUACAUCAUAAAUAUUAAAUGUACGUAACCCACCACAUUUUGGUGCAUGCCCAAUAAUAACAUGAAUUUCUCUUCUCAA